AUGUCUCACACAGAAGCCACUCGUACGGAGUACAACAAUGAAGAGCAUGGGGGGUCUGGCGAUGACAAGAAGUCCAAGACUAGAAGACCAGCAAAUACCGCUUUCCGGCAGCAGCGUUUAAAAGCCUGGCAGCCAAUCCUGACCCCUAAGAGCGUGUUGCCUCUCUUUUUUGUCAUUGGCGUCAUUUUUGCCCCGAUCGGUGGUCUUCUACUAUAUGCCAGCUCGCAGGUCCAGGAGAUAGUCAUAGACUACUCAGAAUGCGCCAGCAAGGCAUCCUCCCGACCAACCUCAAUUUCAGAUAGGGUGAAAACCUCGUUCAAAUCGAGCAAUGAACAAUCAACACCGACUUGGCAGAGCCUGAACAAGAAUGGAACAACCGUCUGUCGCUUGAUUUUCGAAAUUCCUGAUAAAUUAGAACCGCCCGUAUUCAUGUACUAUCGCCUGACCAACUUCUACCAGAAUCAUCGCAGAUAUGUCAAAUCACUCGAUAUUGAUCAGCUGAAAGGAAAGGCCGUCGACAACGAAACUAUUAGUGGAGGAUCUUGCGAUCCGCUCAAGCUUGACCAUUCUGGGAAAGCGUAUUAUCCAUGUGGUCUUAUUGCAAAUUCGCUAUUCAAUGACACAAUUAGCAGUCCCGAGCUCCUGAACGGCGACGAUGCUCAGACAUAUUACAUGACGAAUAAAGGUAUAGCGUGGGACAGCGACAAGCAGCUGAUCAAGAAGACCCAGUACAAUAAAUGGCAGGUGGUCCCUCCGCCUAAUUGGCAUGAUCGCUAUCCUAAUGGAUACGUUGACGGAAUCCCCAAUCUUCACGAGGAUGAAGAGUUCAUGGUAUGGAUGAGAACCGCAGCAUUGCCGGCUUUUAGCAAAUUGUCGCGGCGAAACGACACCACAACCAUGGCUGCGGGAAGUUACCAGCUCGACAUUGAGGACCGCUUUCCCGUCACUGAGUACGGUGGUACGAAGUCGAUACUAAUUUCCACUCGAACUGUUAUCGGUGGCCAAAAUCCCUUUAUGGGGAUCGCGUAUGUAGUCGUCGGUGGUGUCUGCAUUGUUCUCGGCGCGCUCUUCACCAUUGCUCACCUAGUACGACCCAGAAAACUCGGUGACCACACCUAUUUGACCUGGAACAACGACCAUGGCAGUCCUGCUACCUCAACUGGAAGAGAUGGCAGAUUUGGAUCCCAUGCUCCAUAGGGAUUUUCUGGUGUUCGUUUCGUCGCCUCUUUCAUAGGAAUGUAAUGUCUCUUUUCCUUUUUUCUUUACACACUGUCUUUUCUUUACAUGGUAAUCGCGUCAGUAAAUCGGAUUCUGAUGUUUUUGAUGCCUUUGUUCACGGAGUUGCUUGGCUCAUGUCCUCAUAUUUGUCUACACCAAAUUGAUUGAAGCUACCA